GUGACACCGCCGCGGCAGCAGGUGGCGGCAGCACGCGGGCUGACGCUGCGCUCGCCCUCAGGGAAAAUAUAACGACGAGAAAGAUUCAGCAUCAACAGUGCGAGACUAGCAGAGAUAUUUGGCAGUGCCGCUUGUGACAAAGCUUUGAAAAAUGGACACAAGAGCCUGGAGGAAUCCGUACCACGACUACGAUGGCAACCCCGCGUCCACACAGGCGCUGUUCGACUGCCAGGGAAAGCUCACAGCAGAGUUUGCCCAGCGGCUCAGCAGCAAGAUCAGCGAGCUUUUAGCUGUGAUGGAGAACGGGCUCAAGACUGCCGACCAAAGAGAUUGCACCACUUACACCGGCUGGGCAGGCAUUGCUCUACUCUACCUGCACCUCCACAACGUGUUCAGGGACGACUCUUUGCUCCAAAGAGCUCUGGAGUACGUCAACCGCAGCCUGAAGUGUUUGACCCGUCGCCAUGACGUCACCUUCCUGUGCGGGGACACCGGGCCCCUCGCUGUAGCUGCUGUGGUCUACCACCGCCUGCAGAGGGUGCAAGAGACCGAUGAGUGCAUCAACAGACUGCUGCAGUUUCACCAGAACGUGGUGAAGGGUGCAGGCGGGCUGCCUGAUGAGCUGCUCUACGGGCGGAUGGGUUACCUCUACUCCCUCGUCUUCGUCAACCAGCAGCUGGGGCAAGACAGGAUCCCCCUGCAGUACAUCCAGCAGAUCAGCGAGUCCGUGCUGGUGUCAGGCGAGCACCUCAGCAGGAAGUUCAGGGUCCAGAACCACAGCCCUCUGAUGUACGAGUGGUACCAGGAGCAGUACGUCGGCGCCGCCCACGGCCUGGCCGGCAUCUACUACUACCUCAUGCAGCCCGGCUUCGUCUGCGUAGAGGAGUACGUACACAGGCUGGUGAAGCCCAGCAUCGACCACGUCUGCCGCCUCAAGUUCCCCACAGGAAACUACCCCCCCUGCAUCGGGGACGACCGCGACCUGCUGGUGCACUGGUGCCACGGCUCCCCGGGGGUGGUGUACAUGCUCCUGCAGGCAUACAGGGCCUUCGGCGUACCUCAGUACCUGGAAGACGCCCUGCAGUGCGGCGAGGUGGUGUGGCACUGCGGCCUGCUGAAGAAGGGGUACGGCCUGUGUCACGGUGCGGCGGGGAACGCCUACACCUUCCUGGCCCUCUACCGGCUAACGCAGGACCCCAAGCACCUCUACAGAGCCUGCAUGUUUGCCGACUGGUGCAUGAACUACGGCAAACACGGAUGCCGAACCCCGGACACUCCCUUCUCACUUUUUGAAGGCAUGGCGGGCACCAUCUACUUCCUGGCUGACAUCCUGCAGCCCAUGAAAGCAAGGUUCCCGGCUUUUGAGGUGUAAAGUUCCCUCCCCCACUCCACGCUGUUGGAAAACAUAACAAGGAGAAGACCCCCUGCCCUGCCCCCCCUCCCCCCCACACUUUUGGUCUCUGUCACACUCAUGCAUGAAAGCACCACACUCAAUUGACAUUGUGCCAUGUUUUUUCCCGGUUCUACCGGGAACUUAACAUGUUGUAAACGGGACAAGUCCUAUACUCGCAUCUCAACCACAUAAUUGUCUCAAACAUAAGUCAAAGGUGAGAGCUUGCCUCGGUUUUUCGUUUCCUCAUUUGUGUAUAAAAUAAUUAAAUUCUGUGGCUGUUGCUCAGAUUGUGAUUUCUCUCGAGGGUUACAGCAAAAAGGAAGGAAACUAGUUUUCUGGCUGUAAAAAAACAAACAAACAAAAAAAAACACAAAACAUCAAAACAUCAAAAAAUAUGAUGUUAACUUUAAAUGGUGUUUUGUUAACACUCAGCAACUGUAUAUUUGCUAAUCUGUAAGCUCGAUAUGUUAAAGAUGGAAAUGGAUGCUUUAGUUUGUUUUUGGUUUUCUUUCAGAGUCAACAGCAAAGCUAGUAACAACGCACUAAAUAUAAUGCAGUCCCAGCUGUGCCAUGUGUUAAGGGAUUAACCCCGGAGUGUAAACUGUUGCCUGUCCUUUGCACUGUCUGAGCAAUAAACCAUGUGUCUUUUUA